CAAUUUGCGAAGCUAGAACUCGGAACUUGGAAGCAAUGGCGGCCGCUUUCAGAAGUGACAGCCGCUUGGGUCCUGAGGCUGAUUAAGCUUACACUUCUGCGAAAGCAAGGAUGUCAACACCGUUGGCUGUGCCCACAUCCUUUGUGCAUUGUUUAAGGACAGAACUGCAACAGAAAUGUAGCAACUGAGCAACUGAGGUAGAGGCGACGGGACCUGUUGUAACCUUGGAGCACACAAAUCUACUCGCUUCGUAUCAUUCAGCAAGCCCUUUGUAUGUACCUUUGCAAAAAGCAUUUGGUUAGCUCUGAAAAUUGAAAAUCUUCAAAAAGCGUUAAAGAACAACUUGGGAUAAACGCAUUUGACAGUAUGGUUGGAAUUGGAAACUCCAGGGUUGCAGCAUCCUGCUAGCCAGGACAGCAAUGGCGGCCGCUGCUCUCCGGGCAGCGGUGAGGCAGCUGUUUCAGCCGCACAUCAAGCUGCAAACCUCGGCUGGCAAUGCGGUCUUCCUUAACCCCGCCCUCGUCAACCCAAGCUCCAGAGCUGCCGGGACGGCCAGGGCUGGGAACCUAGAAACCCUAAACCCUCUGCUGCCGAGGCUCGCAUCCCUGCAGAAUGGGGCCUCUGCAAAGCUAGGUUUGGCUGGGGCUGCAACCCCAGGGCACCAGUCCCUUGGGAUUGCGAGGUUAGCUCGGGUUAUGCUUAACUACUUUGGUGUGGGGGCAACUGCGUGGGCCGUGGGUAACGAGCUUACAGGGGGAGCAAGGACUGCUUAUGCCAGUGCACCAAAGCGGCACGCCCCAUUGGCUGACCCCAUCCCAAACCGCCCCGCUUGGCAGUCCCGCUCGGGGCCCUUCUUCCCGUCCAUCCUCACAAGCUCAUCCCCUUCCAAAGAGAUCCAGCGCCCUCCCAGCCCCGACGCCUCCAAGGCCCCCCUACGCGAGCUCUUUGACCCAAAGCCUACGUCCUUUGAGCGCGCCACCUCGCCAGUCUUGUCAUCAGCAUACGACCCCAACUGGGCGCGCGCUCGGUCCCCGCCCCUAGUUGGGCUCUCCGGAGUUUGGACUGGUCCGGAAGGAGCAGGAUUGCUGAAGCCUUCCCCUGUUCUCGGGGGGAUUUUGGAGCCAAACGGAGCCCAGAAAGCAGCAGAGAAGGACCCACCGAACGCUGCAAAGGGUUUGAGGAUCAGCGCACCGGCGCCCAACUCGCCGAGCGCGGGCCUCGGUCUGCUUAUGGAGGAGCCGGCGCCAUCUGCUAUGGCGCCCAACAUUGGGUGGGAGCUUGUAACUUCGGGGGUUAGCUGGAAGGGUGCUUCGCCAGUUGCGGGCGAGGUGGUGCCAGCUGUCAAAGACUCCGCACCAGUUGCUGGGGGAUCCCCCAGGAUUGGACAGGCUGGAGAUCUAGCGGGCAGCACAGGCUGGAGUCUGGUUCUUGUGGGGGACGCCUCUGAAGCCACAGGAGACAGUGAAGCAGCCAAAAAGAGCAGCGGGACCGAGGAGGUGCAAAAGGAGGGGAGUGAGGAGGGUGCGAGUUACCACUUGGGCAGUCUGGGAAGCCGACAGGUGGCAGCACAAGAGCGCGGACAGGUGGCAGCCCGUGAGUGGUCCGAGUAUGGAGGGGCUUCUCCAAAUAGCACCGAAGGGGUUUCGAACAUGCAGGACGCAGGUCUCAGUGCUAGCUCCUCUGUGACCGGAAUAGUAAGGGGCAUUGCCUGGGAAGGGGCACUGGACGAUUCGGAGGGAGGCUCAAGCAUUAGUUUUUCUGCAGCAACGGGCUGCAGCACAGUUGGGCAUGAGACAGUGCCCCUGAACACUGCGGAGAGUGCGCACACCAAAGAGGAGCCUGAGGCCAGUUCACGGGGGUUGCCAGUUUACUCCUUCAGCCAGUCACCAGUCCGGUCACCAGCUUGCACUCCUGCUUCUGAAGCGGGAGGGAUCCCUCUGCCCGCAGCAGCGCCCAAAACACCGCCCACCGAACUGCCCGCUCAAACCCUGCGAUAUGCGUCCAAUGCAAACACCCUCUUGGCAUCUGCUGAAAAGCCUGGGGAUAUGCCUGUACAGAGCUUAGAAAAGGAGCGCGUCAAGAUCGGAGAAGCUUUCGAAGGGGGUGCUGCUGAGAGUGGAGUGCCAUUGGUUGAGGCUUCCCCUACUGAGAGUGGGUCUCUGCAAAGGAGAGUUUCUGCCCCUAUCCGGAUUCAACAAGGAAAGCCCGGGGGGCACGCAUUCGCUGCGUCGGCACCAGCAGAUAGAGCACGGCAGCCAUCCAGAGCUGACGUCAGCACCCGCGUCGAUGAGGUGCGUUUGCUGGGCGAGGCGCUGUGCCACUCGCAGACCCGCGCGCGCAGGGCGGAGGAGGCUGAGGCGUCGAAGGCGGCAGAAAACAUCCGCCUGAAAGAGCUGCUGCUCUUUGAGGCAAUGCAGAAGAACGCGUGGCAAUUUUGUCUGGCCGUCGAGACGGCCGACGCGAGCCUGCUCCCAGUCGCAUUCAGCCACGUGGCGACCAACGAACGUCUGUCUGCUGCACGGAACAGCGACCCGGUUGGGGUUCCAGAACUUGUACACAGCUUUUGUGAUUCCACGGACGGAGAUCAGAAUUCAAACGCAGAUUCGGCCGGCAGCUCGAAGGAGAUUGAUCUUGUAGACUGCAUCGUAGGCAUCGCUUUUGGGGUGGCCAUUGGAGUGGUUUGUUUCGGUCACUUGGGGGGUAUUGGGUGGCUCUGCGUGCGGGUGGGGUUCAUGUGUGGCAAUACGGACUGGUAAGAGUCGCGAGCUAAAACGCGCGAGUAGAUAGGCGGGCACAGUUACGCGGGUCGCUUUGUAGAUGGCUGUACCAUAGCCGCACGGAAAAGAGGGGGGCUGGCUGGAGAUCUUGCCGUAGGUGAAGGGCGUAGUAGUCGGUAUGAAUCGACGUGGUAGAGGUUGUUUCGGAACCGUCUAGCAGAUUCACUGUGUAUAGCAGACAGCUAAUAGAGUUGGAGGGGUCUUCGUCGAGUUGCAGAGGGUCCCAGCCCCGAGUUUAGUCCGGGCCUGCCAAAAUAGAGAGUCUCCACCAGAGUGUGUCAGAUCAGGGCCCGUUCCGGAGUCAGUAGACAGUUUCGUCGGACUUUCACCGUAGCUUUGCACGUUUCUGUUUUAGCUACUUCGACCUUCGGAAAUUGACGGUUCUUGAUGGCUCGGCGGUUAGAAGCAGCGAAGUGUCUUUUAACCAGAGUUUUGGGACAAUUCAUUGGUCGCAUUGCCAGAAUGUCAAGGCAGUGUCAUUCUUGAGAUGGAUGCAUCAUAUAGUCAUAUUGCUG